AUGACGCUUUCUGGCCUUGUGGUGGUGGUCACCGGUGCUUCCAAGGGCAUUGGAAAAGACAUUGUCCUACGAGCUGCCGCGGAUGGUGCCAAAGUGGUCAUCAACUACAUGUCGGAUGUCAAUGCGGCCACCGCUCUCGCCAUGCAGAUUGGAAAUGAUCGUGCUCUUGCAGUCCAGGGUGACAUCUCAAAGCUCACCGAGAUUGAUCGGCUUAUCGAAGCCACGGUAUCCAGGUUCGGGAAGAUCGACGUGUUAAUCCCGAACGCGGCAUUUUUACCUCAUGGAGACAUGCACAGUAUUACUGAGGAGAACUUUGACCGGGCAUUUGCGGUUAAUGUGAAGGGGCCUUGUUUCCUUGCGAAGAAAGCCAUACGGUAUAUGAAACCGGGCAGCACAAUCAUCUUCAUUUCGACUGACCUCACGGAAUCUUCUUCGGUGCCACCAGAGCUCCUUCUUUACAUGUCGACCAAGGGGGCUUUGAACCAGAUGGUCCGGGUCCUAGCGCGGGACCUCGCAAGAGAGGGGAUCCGGGUCAACGCCAUCUCACCGGGGGCUACAAAUACUGACUUGUUCCGCAACGCUAUGAGCGAUGAGCAAGUCCAGAUUAUUGCAAGCCAGAAUCCCUUUAAGAGGAUUGGGGAGCCAUAUGAUGUUGCUGCGGCGGUUAGCAUGUUGUGGGGGAAGGAUAGCACUUGGAUUACGGGGCAGGUUCUAAUGGUGAAUGGUGGUAGCAUAGUAUAG